CACCAUGGCCCGAUUCUCCCUCCUCUUUAUCUUCUCCCUCUUCCUCCUCAUCUCCGCCUCCGUCGCCGUCGCUGUCGAUGACUCCGCUUCCGAUCCCUUGAUCCGGCAAGUCGUUUCGGAGGAGGAGACCAACGCCGAUCAUCUAUUGAACGCUGAACACCACUUUACUCUCUUCAAGAGCAAGUUCGGAAGGAAGUAUGCGACUCCAGAGGAGCACGAGUACCGUUUCUCCGUCUUCAAGUCUAACCUACGCCGUGCUAAACGCCACCAGUUGCUGGAUCCCACUGCUGAGCACGGCGUUACCAAGUUCUCCGAUUUGACCCCAUCGGAGUUCCGUAAGACCUACCUUGGCUUGAAGAAUCCUCUCACAUAUCCAGCCGAUGCUAACAAGGCUCCUAUUCUGCCGACGAAAGAUCUUCCUGAAAACUUUGACUGGCGCGAUCAUGGCGCUGUUUCUGGCGUUAAAGAUCAGGGUUCAUGUGGAUCGUGUUGGUCAUUUAGUGCAACCGGAGCUUUGGAAGGAUCUCACUUCCUUCAAACAGGGGAGUUGGUCAGCCUCAGUGAACAACAGCUUGUGGAUUGUGAUCAUGAGUGUGAUCCAGCUGAAAAGAAUUCAUGUGAUGCCGGUUGCAAUGGUGGGCUGAUGAACAAUGCAUUCGAGUACAUUCUCAAUGCUGGUGGAAUUCAGAAGGAAGCAGAUUACCCCUAUACCGGAAAAGAUGGUACUUGUCACUUUGACAAAACCAAAAUCGCUGCAUCUGUCUCCAAUUUUAGUGUUGUUGGCACAGAUGAAGACCAAAUCGCUGCCAACCUGGUCAAGAAUGGCCCUCUUGCAAUUGCAAUCAAUGCUGCUUGGAUGCAAACAUAUGUUGGUAAAGUUUCGUGCCCGUAUAUUUGUUCAAAAAAGCGGUUGGAUCAUGGCGUUCUUCUGGUCGGGUACGGUGCAGCUGAUUAUUCACCUAGCAGAUUCAAGGACAAGGCAUACUGGAUCAUCAAGAACUCUUGGGGAGCAAACUGGGGUGAGGAUGGAUACUACAAGAUUUGCAGCGGUUACAAUUCAUGUGGGAUGGAUACCAUGGUUUCCGCGGUGGUUUCCACGAAUACUUGAAAAUUAUAAUACCCCCCAAAUGUGUAAAUAUGUACUGCAACAAUGUGUAUUCUUGAAGCUUACAGCUCUAUACACAUAUUGGCUUCAUUAUGAACGUUUUUAAUGUUUCGUGAUGGUUUUAUGUAAUCUGGGUUUUCGGUUUUAGUAUGUCUCAAGUGCAAAGUGGUGUUUUAAUUUGGAGUUUGGUAAGAAAGUUCAUGU